AAUUAAAGAAGGAAGAAAGCCUAGUUGUACGCAGUUUGAAUCCAAGUCUGAAUCCAAAUCUGAAAAAAAAAAAAAACAUCAGUUAAUGAUUUUUUUAUUAGGGUUCAAAGUCUGAAUCCAAGUCUUGAUUGAAAUGGAAAUGGGAGAACCAAUAUAUAUAUAAACUAGCUAGUUAACGAAACCAACCUGAGUUGGGACUAAGAAAUUGUCAAACAACAUACACCACAUACUUUCAUGAUGAAAAUGGAAGUAAAAAUUGUUUCCAAAGAUAGAAUUAUACCAUCCUCCCCAACGCCCUCUCACCUCCGAAUUUUUAAGCUUUCCCUUUUGGAUCAGCUCAUACCUGCUCCCUUUGCUCCUAUUAUCCUGUAUUAUGACAAUUCUGAUCCUAGUUAUAAUACUCCUAACCUCAUAAAACCCUGCACUACUACCACUCACCUUGAUGAUGAUGAUGACGACGACAACGAAGACAAGGCCACAAUCAUGAAAAGGCUACAUGUGCUGAAGACAUCUUUGUCAGAGACCUUGACUGGGUUCUACCCACUUGCUGGGCAGAUCAAAGAUGACCUGUCCAUCGACUGCAACGACCAAGGAGCUCAUUACGUGGAAGCCCGAGUGAAGCACUCUACUCUGCGUGAAUUUCUCAACCGACCUGAUGACUUAAUUUUGCUACUGCAUCGAUUCCUCCCUUGUGAUCUUACAAAUAGUAAUACAGGUGCAAGUGUAACUAAUAUUCAAGUAAAUGUGUUUAAAUGUGGCGGCAUGGCCAUCGGCCUAUGCAUCUCCCACAAGAUCCUUGAUGGUGCUGGUUUGUGCACCUUUAUCAAGGCCUGGACUGCCACUGCUCGUUUGCGCAGCAGCCUCCCCCGCUCUGCAUUGUAUUCAAGAUCAUCUUCAUUAUCAUCCUCAUCGUCCUCGUUGACAUCCUCGGAUUCAGUUACAUUGUCAUCAUCAUCAGAUUCAGAUGAUAAUCAAACACCAAGAGCAGCUUCGAGAAUAAUUCACCCCACCAAACCCAAUUUAUCAGCUGCAACCUGUCUGUUCCCCACAAGCGAUGAAUUAUGGCUCAGAGAUUCAUCACUUCGGAUGUGGGGUUCCUUGUUCAUAAACGACGGCAAGUCCUCGUGCGUCACAAGAAGACUUGUGUUUGAGGGGUCAGCUAUAGCGGCCCUCAAGGGCAUGGUGGCAGCAGUGAAUAAUAAUUAUAAGGUGAAGCGGCCGACGCGUGUUGAGGUUGUUUCGGCUUUCAUAUGGCAAUGUGCCAUGGCUGCCUCCAAACAAAUACAUGGUUUCGGAAGGCCUUCACUCCUCACCCACGCAGUCAACCUCCGCUCAAGGAUCACAUCUCUGUUGGAUUUAGAUUUGGAGUACUCAAUUGGAAACCUCCUUUGGAUUGCGGCUGCUCGAUGCCAGACACCAAUAUUUACGCUAGAUGAUAAUGAUGCGGCAGCUGAUGGAUUGCAAUUGCAUGGGCUGGUGGAGGAGUUGAGGAAUGCAGUGUCAAAGAUUGAUGGUGAUUUUGUUAACAAAAUGCGAUCUGCAGGUGAGGAGGAGGAGGGGAAGUAUCACAUGCUGGAGUCUCUGGAGGAAUUAAGAUCGUCGCCGUCAUCAGAAUCAGAUUAUUAUGGGUUUAGCAGUUGGUGUAAUUUUGGGUUCUACGAAGGUGGUGAUUUCGGGUGGGGAAAACCUGUUUGGGUCAGCAGCGUUGGUUCGACUGGGAAUUCCGUCUUCUUGAAUUUUAUAAUUUUGGUUGACACCAAGUUGGGAGAUGGAAUAGAAGCAUGGGUCACUCUGGACCAACAUCACAUGGCUAUACUCCAAUGCAAUCCCCAACUCCGAAAAUUCGUUUCGUUGGACCCCACUCCUUUACUACUCCUUUGAUACUUGUUGUGUUC